GUGAACAUUUCAGUUCAGACAGCAUAAGAAGUGCAAAUACAAGAUCAUAUCCGAGUGCUUGGAAAUCAUUUGAACUCAGGAUGUUCCGAGGAGUCUGUUUGGGAUUUUUUGACAUGGCGCUGGUCUUCCCCCUGCUGUGCUCAGUCACAGGCUUGCACCUGAUGGAUCGCCCCAGAGAUCCAGAGGAUGGCCAGGAGCGCAACAAAGCCAUUUUGGAAAUGCUUCAUAUCAAUAAAGUGUCCGCGAGCCAUCAGGCUAAGCCACAUCCGUACAUGAGGGGGAUCUAUCACCGUUUGGGCUCACUGGAGGCCCAAGACUUUGGGAGCUCAGAUGGAACGCUGGUGCAGAGUUUUCGUAGUGUUGUUGGUCCUCCAGGAUGGAUCUGGUUCAACGUCAGCAGCCUGAGCCCCUCCAUGCUGGGUGCCGAGCUGGUUCUGUUCAGGAAAACCCUCCACCCCCGUCCCAUCAGUGUGACUGUCACCCUGCACAGUGUCACAGCUUCACAGGGCGCUCUGAAGGAAAGGCCUGCCCUCGAGGAGAGACUGCUGACCCUGGACCAGCGCUCCUCAUCUGGAUACGAUGUGUUUGAUGUGUCAGCCAUUUUGUCUGGGAAGCCUCUGGAGGUGGUGGGCUUUCAGCUGCGCUACACAGACGAGAGUGGGAGUCUGGUCCUUCACGAAGCCCUGACACAGACUCUUUACUGUCUGAACCGAGGCUCCCUGAGAGAACCCUUACUGGUGCUUUACCAGUCACAUCAUCUCCACAUCUAACUCUGGGACCAUAUGGGAUCUGUGACCAAAAAGGUGGACCUUUCAGCACAAAAUCGGCAAGGGGGUGAUGAUAAUAUAUGCACGGCAUGGUUUAAGACACUUUUACAGGGGAACAGUGUUUGUUUUUAAACCAGGGGCCUCAUUUAUUAAACUCCGCGUAGAUUUGUGCGCCAAAAAGUCGGAAUUUUCGUACGCAAACCCCACAUUCUGAUUUACAACACCAUGCGGCGCACACCUGUACAGACUCUUCUCGUUAAAAAUAAGGACAACCGUUAUCUCAUGCGGUCCGGGACGCGCCUCACGCUCCUCCCAAGGCCGUCCCAUAUUAGUUUCAAAAAGGUCCAUAUCCAUCAAUCAAUCAAUAUUCCAGCAUUGUAAAGGAGCCCUUGAUGACCAUUCACGAAAACGGAAAAAUGGGGAAAAUUAACACGAUUCAGUGAUUGAGAGAUCGUGGUGCUCUUGAAAAAUCUGCCAUGCUGUUGAUUGGUUGCAAUACACAGGCCAUCGGUAACCAUAGGGCCAUUUAUUUAUUGUCAAUUAUUAUUGUAAAUUAAGUCCAAUAAACCGGUAGUGGAUUGGAGUCAUAGUGGCUCCAUCAGAGUAAUUAACCUUUGUGUGGUGUUCUGGUCUCUGGGACCCGUUUUCAAUGUUUGCUUGGCUCAUUUUCUGUAAUGAACAUAAAACAUAACUUAUUUUCAACGAAUGCACACGCACGCCCCCCCCCCCAAACCAAAUGAGGUGUUCACGUCUAUUGAACCCGAUUGUAUUUAAAAUGUAGGCGCCAUAACAUUUAACUGUGUCCUCCUCCUAACUGGGCCUGUUGUGUGUGUGUGUGUGUGUGUGUGUGUGUGUGUGCAUCUGUAAUUGAAUUUCCUUGUUUUCUCACAAAAAAACAAAAAUGAUCAUCUGACCAUAAAUGUGAUAUGUGAUCUCACAGGUAUAAAUUGCAGAUAUGAACCAUAAAUGAUGCCAUAGGUAAUUAAGCUAAAGUAGACAUAAAUUGUAAUGUCUGUGUUGAUUUAAAAAGCCUAAUAACGUGGUGGGUCCACCAGACCACCAGACCUGGGAACACAAUGAACACCACACAAGGGGUAGGUGGUGCAGGUGGUCUUGCGUUCCGCGUCUUUCCAUUUUUUUUUUUUACCCAUGGAAAUUCUUUAUAAAUUCCCACUUUUGCGAGGAAUGUGGCAACCGCAAAUUUCUCUCAGCUUUACGGAACUUUUUCUUGCGUGACAGGUUUUAUAAAUGAGGCCCUUGGAUCCUAUUUUUCUGCUGUAUCUGUGUCUUUAAACCUGGUCCAGUAUUAAGCAAAACUGCUGGUGAAACAAGCUACAAUGUAACGUUAAUGGGCAAUUGCGCACCGUCAAUUUACGUCCACUUAAAGUACUUGUUUUAGGCUACCACUGAAAUGCUGAAAUGCAUCACAGCAAUGGACAUGGACUGUAGUUAUAUAGUGCUUUUCUAGUCUUGAGGACUACUCAAAGAGCUUUUACAUAGUAAAUACGGCCACAUACACUGUGGCCAAUGGGGAUUUCGGAGUUAUUCCAUGCAAACCAAGAAGGGUCUUACUCUUGCGUACUCUUAAUCUGAGCCUGUCAAUUGUAAAAACAGCACUUUUAGUGGACCAAAUUGACAUUACCACUAUAGGAUUCCAUUGCAGCCUGGGGGCUGUUGCGCAAAAGCAGAAUUUAUAAAAUCCCAGAUAACCGAUAAAGCCAGACUUGACCUGGUCUAGUCUGUGCAGCCUGGCUUGGUGCGUUUCAGAGCGACCAAUCUUCUUGUGGAAGUAUGAUAACAUACUUCCAUGUAUGUUAACAUGCUGUUGGACUGAAUACGUUAGGGGAACGUUCCAUAAACGUUGCAGCCUAAAAACAUAGCCUACAUUUACUGACCAUUGCUCUGAAUUGAAACUGUCAUAAUUAUGCCAUUCAAGGAUUAGGCUACUAAUCAUUUGCCCAAAUUAACAUUUGUAGUCUGCCUUAAACAUAAGCAGGAGAUAAUGUUACUCAUCAUAUUUACCAUGAAGAUCAAUCUUUUACAAUGCUAGAAUAUGAUGCCUUAAAAAUCUCUCUCACUCUGUUUCUCCCUCUCUCUCAUGGGCUGUAAUAUCCAUUUCCUAAGUCAUAUUAACUUCCACUGCUUGCAAAUGUUUGUUUUUGCAAAUGACAUGUGACCCAUUAUGGUUUCAGUUAAGAACAGUAGUUCAUAGAUGCCCAUUUGUAGAUAUAUCCUUCAGACGGUCUGAUUUAAUCUGACACGCUUUUUCUCACGUGUUUCCUUCUUUACAUAUGUGCAUAGCUGCCUCGUAUGUAUGGAAGUAUAAAAGAAAGACACAAGGAAAUUAGACUCUUAAAUCAAGUAACUAUAAAGAUAUUUAAGUGAUAAGUAUAAUGCACACUGUAAACAUGACUGUAACAGAGUGUAUUCAUCAGUUAUUUCCCCCUUAGCAAAAUAUAAGGUCAA